CUCUUUUUAGAAGAUCAAUUCGACGGCGAUGGUGCGGAAAACAGCUCGGAAGGCUCUGGAGUUGACAUUGAAGAGCUGGAUAACUUGCUUGAGGAAAAUCUACCGGAAGGCAUGAAAUCGAGCGGUCCCAAAGCCAAAGCCUAUGAAGAACGAUUCAAAGAGGUGCUGGAAGAGAAAGGCCGAAACCAUUUCGAGGUUCUUCCGGAAGGCUGGGUUCAAGCGACGCACGUUAGUGGCAUGCCUUUGUUUUUGCACACCGCUAGUAGAGUUUGUACUGCAUCAAGACCGUACUUUUUGGGCCCAGGGAGUGUGAGGAAACAUGAAAUUCCUUUAAGUGCCAUACCAUGCUUGAAUUACAGAAAAGCUUUGGAAAAGAAGACGAGCUUCGCAAAGAAAUUGAAGCAAACGCUGCAGCAGCCGAAGAGGCAAAAUAAUGCCAAUUCCAACGACAAAGAGAACCAAGAGACAGAAAAGCAGAUGCAUAAUCCUCAGCUGAGCAAAAUGAUUGCCAGUACGACAACGUUGGCCGAGGCCCAAGCCAAUGCAAAGAUGCUUCCCUUAAAAGUAACUGCCCGAAUCGAGACUGUAAAUGAAAACCUAACCCAGUCGCUAACGGCCGAUGUGUUCCAAGAGUACUGUAAAAAGCUGUUCAAAUUUAAAACCAUUCGUGUGAUGCGCUUUAAAUCGUGGGCUGCACGACGGAAGCUAACCAAGCACCGUAAACACAUGAAGAAUUUGCAGAGGCCUACGCUUCCCGAUGGGACCAAAUUGAUCACCUUCCCUGUGCUUCAUACCGAAGUCGAAAAAGGCACCACUCAUGUUCGGCCCAAAAAGGAAUGGAUCAUGAACCCGAAUGGAAAAAGCUAUGUCUGUAUUCUCCACGAGUACGUUCAGCAUGCUCUCCGGAAGCAGCCGAGCUACGAAUUCAAAGAACUUGAGAAUGCGGCCACGCCCUACUCGGCAACGGUUUCCAUCAACGAACUCAAGUACGGAACGGGGUAUGGUACGAGCAAAAAGCAGGCCAAAAGCGAAGCAGCCCGCGAAACGCUUGAAAUUCUAAUACCCGACAUGAAGGACAAAAUCACGAGCAAGGACGCCAAAAAGGACCAAAACGGAGCUGCCGAACAGCAACCGGAGGCUCGGAACCUGUCCGUAUUCGACGAGAUCAAAAUCGAAGAUCCCAGGGUGGCGGAAUUCUGCGCCAAGACGACUGAACCCUCGCCGCAUGCCAUUCUGCAAACGUGCCUGCAGAGGAAUUUUGGCCUCGGGGACGUUCAGAUCCAGUACGACGUGAAGGCGGGCAAGCACCGGAAGAACGAGUUUACGAUGACGGUUGGAAAGCACACGGCCACGGUGGUUUGCAAAAACAAACGCGAUGGCAAACAGCGAGCGUCGCAGGCUAUUUUACAGAUCCUACAUCCGCACAUCAAAACGUGGGGCUCGCUGCUUCGACUUUACGGCAACCAUUCGAUCAAGUCCUACAAGGAAAAGAAACAGGAGGAACAGGAAAUCACCGUUCUGCAGAGCAAGGCGGCCAUCAACCAACCAAACUAUGCCAUCCUACACAAGCUCAAGCUGGAAAUGUCCAAACUGGAGGAGCGGCAGAAAAAUGUUCGCGUCAUCGGAACUUUCGUCCCGGAUGUGGAUCUACCGUUGGCAUCCGGAUCCAAUCUGAAGAAUGUAGACUUGUAGGACGAGUGAACCAAAAGUAUUUCCGCACCUACAGAUUUUUUUUCGAAUGGUUUUUGUACAUUAUGAUUUUUCAAAAUUUUAUAUUCGACUGAUCUUAGGUUUUAUCUGAGUUUCAUUGUUGGAAAUUGAUUCGACAAGCCCAUGAUGGUGGUUCUUUCAGUCUAGAUCGAAACGAAAUAAAGUGUCGUAUUAUGCAAAUCCGUUUUGAGUUUUCAUUAUUGUAGUAAUUGUCACGUUUAUCCAGUGUUACUUACAAUUUGAUGUCUUACAAAAUAGUAGCUGACGGCGUGAAUCGUACAAAACUAAUUACUGUUUUUUUUGCUAUCAAUUGUGAGAGUUUUUAUUAGCGCAUGAUUUUUCUUAUGGUGAACAUAAUUAUCUACCGUCAAACGGGGUGACUUGCAACACUUUUCAAC